AUGCUGACUUCGCGCUUCUUGCCUUUCUGCAGGGUGGCUGUCAACGCACAAACAGGACGCUACCCGUUUUUCCCUUUCUGUCAAUGCACAAAGACGCCAUCGCCAUACAAGCUGUCGCCUUCCGUGAAGGCCAUGGGCAAGGGAAGGUUCUGCUUCACGCUGAAUGUGAAUCCGCCUGCCUGCAGCUUUCCCUGUUGCAAGGCCGACCUCAGGAAGAUAGAGCUGAACGUUAACCCAGAGUGUGACGCCUUCGGUGUCACAAUCAGGGCCACCGUCGAUGGCAAGUUCACUCCGGUCGCCCCAUCCUUCGACGAGCCAGACCAGGGUCCCAUUGGCGCCAAGAUUCUCCGCAUCCCGCAGCUAGGGCUUGGCCUGAACAGCGAUGGCGCCGAGAUCUGUAUCACGCUGUCCAAGCCCAAGGGUGGCGCGGGCUGCACUACCCUUGAAUCCCUGUGCGUGCCGCCGGGCAACAUGACCACCGGUGUCUGCUCCGCCGCCCUCUUCGACUCUUCUAAUGACUGCUGCCCCAUCUCCUCGGUCAACGUGCCAAGCCCUCCGCCGCCGUCGCCACCCCCGCCAUCGCCUCCACCACCCCCACCACCCCCACCGCCGCCGCCCCCACCGCCGGAAUGUGUUUUGUGCACUUCCGUCAUCUACAGUUCCGCGGGUUCCAUUUUCUCGUAUUCAGUUCCCAAGAGUACCUGCGACCAGCUCUCCAGCGAGAUCUCGACUUCUAUUACCGCCCAGGCUAAUGCGAUUGGCGCAGCAAUUAUCCCGACACCGGCCGCCAUCACUUGCGAGAGCGACAAGAUUACAGUGUGCACUACCUUCCUGUCGGCUGCGGAUGCUCAGAAGCUCAAGGAGGACAACUGGCUAGACAGCCAGGUUGCUAUUUGGGUGUCGCGGGCCACGCAGAACUGCCCGGCGACUCUUGACGGGUAUUCCGUUAGUGUGUUUGCGGAUUCGGACUGCGUGAGCGCUGGCGCCACUGCUAGCUGCUUCCUGAGUAACCUGGAGUUCCCCAAGUGCGAGUGCAACACCGGUCGCCUGUCGACGCCCUUCGUGGUGCUGCCGUCCUUCACCCGCCUGCCAGGCCGGGACAGGACCACCAACCUCUUCUGUUUCAAGAUUGACGUCAGGACGCCUAAGAACAAGGGCCGCUGCGGCCAGAGCACCAUUAUGGCCAAGUUGGAGAUGUGGGCCAACGAUGACCUCAGACGCAGCGUGAAGGGUGUCGGCCUGCAGGCUAAUGGCGCUGCGAAGAUGAAAUUCCAGGAAGCUGCCUGGGGGAAGUACGGCGAACAGACCAUGAAGUUCACUCCCCUAGACUGGACUAUGGAACAGGCCAAGAACGCCACCGUCUGCGUGGAGCUGGUCAAGGGCGUAUCCCUGGGCGAUUUCUGCAACACCGGUUCUAAUACGUGCUGGCUGAACAUCUUCGACCCAAGCGGGGACUGCUGCCCGCUCUUCCCUUCAUCGUUAUAAAAGGCUUCUUCAUGCAGGCGCAAGCUGUUGCUUCCCUGAUUGAUGACAAGCGGUUGCCUCCCGCUUUACUUCGCUAGACGAACAGGACAACGUUUGCACUACGAUUCUUGACUUCAGACCAAGCACUUGGUGACAUCAAGAGAUUUUGUGGGAGGGAGCUGUUUCAUACCGCGGAUCACAAAAGGACACUCAUUUACCGUUGGCACACUUCAUUACUCAUGCCUGCCACAACUCCGAUUUGCCAUCCCGCGGGCGCGAGCUGCUCUAACGUGCUUUACAUGUAUCGUUCUUGACAGUUACUUGCUUGGACGUUUCUUGACCAAAUGACUGUUGUGAGUAUUAUUGCCUGUUAAGCUGUUUUGUGGCGACGCAAUAGCUUCUCCGAGACAAAUUUGACGCCCCCAUCACGACUAAUGCUAUUCAUGUGUAUCUUACCUGCAUUGGGUGCCAGGUUCGCUCCUGCAAAUGGUAGCGUGCCUGGCACUCGCCUUGUCGCACUUUGCAAUGCCUUUGUAACUCUGGAGCUUUCCUAUCAGUAUGGGUUGGGCAUACGGGUGCUGGCGUGUGUGGAUGGUCUGGGUAGGCACAUGUAGAUGAUGGGAACCUUUCACGGCCUCACCCUGUUGGCGCCCACUUGUUGGCGCUUCUCGUCAUGUGUGUAAACAAAGGAUUGACCAACCAAAUGCGACUGCUUUCGCAAGCAAUCGUUCUGCGCCAAUCCUUGCAUGUGCCCCUAGUUGCGGCACGCUGCAAAUCACACCGUGCAUAUCCAACCUCGGCAUCCCUGCACAAACCGCCUGCCAUCCUCCUCUAUCCUGUGUGGGUGGUGAUGACUGAACUCGCGCGCUGCUGCCGGCAGCGCGACAGUUGCUAACUGCGGCCCACAUUUCCACAUUCCUAUAUUCCCACGUCUCAUGUGGGAGGUAGGGGUAGUGGGAAGGGGGAGGGUCAAAGGGAGAAAGGGCGCAAGGUUCAGAAAUUAAAGGACGCAAAAAGAGGACCACCCACAGAGGGAUAGGAGCGGAGGAGAGAGGAGCAAGCACGUCGUGUUUCUUGCCGUGGAGCUGCGCAUUGUCACGCGCGCACACGUUUUUUUUGCAACCUCGCACUAACCGGUUACGCGGCCGUAGGUGGUUCUCCCUCCUCCCGCUCAUAUCUUUUCGCCCACGAAAUCACAUUCCCACAAGGCGUCGCCAUUGCACGCGUGCUGUAUGCCGUACUGGAUAAUGGAUGACGCAAGCGCGUGAAAGGUUGCCUAGAUAAUUUGCGUGAUAUACCGUCCAUUCGCUGUAGUUUGGAGUUACUGGUGGAGGCUGAUGCGCUGGCGGGCCUAAUUGGAAGAGCAGCUGAGCCUCGAAUUCGCUGUGUCACCCAAUAGGUGGAGCAGUCAACCCAGCCACAAAGUCAGGAAGUUUCAGGAUUGAGGAAUGAGCCUCCAUGAAUAUGCACCCAAUAUAUAUCAUCGCAUCGCAGAGCUUAACCGAGCGGAUUUUAAGUGUUGAGAAUGUAUCUUUGCACUGUAUAAUUAAAAAUUGGUAAGCCCCGCGAUUGGGGCGUAAGCAAUAUGCAAUGCGAUUGUGUUACGAUAGAUACACGGGCAGCGCAUCACUGGUACGAACGAUUUCUUAGGUCGCCUUGAUUAAGCACCGCAGAUGUAAAACUCAAUACAUGUCGG